AUCGGUGUCCCUUCAUUGCCCUCUGGUGUCUCCUCCUCGCCCUCUGGAGUCCCAUCAUCACCAUCUGGCAUCCCUUCACUUCCCUCUGGUGUCCCUUCACCACCCUCUGGUGUCCCCUUACUGCCCUGUAGUGUCCACUCAUUACUCUGUGGUGUCCCCUCACUGCCCUCUGGUGCCCCCUCAUCACCCUCUGGUGUCCCUUCAUCACCCUCUUGUGUCCCCUCACUUCCCUCUGGUGUCCCCUCACCACCCUCUGAUGUCCCCUCAUUACUCUCUGGUGUCACCUCAAUACUCACCAGUGUCCCCUCACUGCCCUCUGGUGUCCCCUCAUUACUCCCUGGUGUCCCCUCACCACCCUCUGGUGUCCCCUCAAUACUCCCUGGUGUCCCUUCACCGCCCUCUGGUGUCCCCUACUCUCUGGUGUCCCCUCAAUACUCUCUGGUGUCUCAAUACUCUCUGGUGUCCCCUCAUUACUCUCUGGUGUCCCCUCACCGCCCUCUGGUGUCCCCUCAAUACUCUUUGGUGUCCCAUUACUCUCUGGUGUCCCCUCACCGCCCUCUGGUGUCUCAAUACUCUCUGGUGUCCCCUCACUGCCUUCUGAUGUCCCCUCACCGCCUUCUGAUGUCCCCUCAUUACUCUCUGGUGUCCCCUCACCGCCUUCUGAUGUCCCCUCAUUACUCUCUGGUGUCCCCUCACCGCCUUCUGAUGUCCCCUCACCACCUUCUGAUGUCCCCUCAUUACUCUCUGAUGUCCCCUCACCACCUUCUGAUGUCCCCUCAUUACUCUCUGAUGUCCCCUCACCACCUUCUGAUGUCCCCUCAUUACUCUCUGAUGUCCCCUCAUUACUCUCUGGUGUCCCCUCACCACCUUCUGAUGUCCCAUUACUCUGAUGUCCCCUCACCACCUUCUGAUGUCCCAUUACUCUGA